AUGAUCCAGUCCCUGAUUGAGCAGAAACGGGCACUAGGAGUUUUUGUGUCCGAACAUGAACUCCCUGAUAAUCUCACGGCUCACCAGUGGGCACUGCUCGAGAAGGUUGUAACUUUUCUGGGUCCGUUUGAGGAGUUAACACGAAAAGUUAGCUCUUCUGAAGCUAUGGCAGCAGAUGUGAUUCCUGCUGUCACUGUAUUGCAGCGAUUUCUGUCUAGAGAGACCGACGAUGACCAUGGCAUCAAAACUAUGAAAGGGACUUUAGCUGCAGCUGUCAGGAGGCGAUUUUCUGAUGUGGAAGAACAACCCCUCUACAGCAUCGCUACUCUACUCGACCCCAGGUAUAAAAAUCUUUUUUUCUCUAACACCAACACUGCUGCAAAUGCCAAGGAGAUGCUGAUUCGUGAGCUGUUGAGGUCGUCUAGAGAAGAGGAGAAUCAUGACCUGCACGAACCUCCUGUCAGAAAACCACGCAGGGACCAUGCAAGCAGCAGCCUGGACAGUAUAUUUGAUGAAAUAGCAGAUGAGCAAGCACCAGUCUCUCUAAACAGAGCUCAAGUAGGUUCUACUGCACAAUUAGAGACAUACCUAGGGGAGACCACAAUUCCUAGAGAAAACAAACCACUACAAUACUGGGCAGUUAACAAAGUGCGGUUCCCUACUCUGGCCAAAAUGGCAUCCAGAUACCUCUCAGCACCAUGCAGUAGUGUUGACAGUGAAAGGCUGUUCAGCUCAGUGUCACAUAUUGUGAAUGACGACAGAAACAGAAUCACAGCUGAUCAUGCAGAGAUGAUUUUGUUCAUCAAAAAGAACCUGCCUCUCAUUCUCCCAAAAAGUACCUAA